GUAGCCGCCGAAUCAGUCGGUCGACGAAAUAACCUUAGCCAUCUAGAUUAGAUAAUUCUGUCAUAUACUGCAUUCAAACUGUUCUCGUUGUCUCCUGCCACUAUUAUACUCCUUGAAUUGUCAAGUUUUCAGACGCGAGUUAGAGAAACAACAUGGCGGCUGUCAAACUUAAGUUUUCAUCAGCGCUUUCAUCGUCUGAUCCGCAUGCAAAUCCGGUCGUUAUAAUUGGCAUUCCUAAAAAUCUUGCCAAAAUAAAUUACCAUGACAUAAAUGUAAAGUUUGGGGCGAGAGUACCUGAAGAGAUUUUCUCUUCAGCCUUGAAUGCUGUCCAAUCAAGUCCAGAUGUUUGUCCUUUAUACUUGAACUCUGCAACUCUAUCACCUCUUCCUACAAAAUGUAGCAGGCACAAUGCCCCUUCAAGAUCCCAUGCAAUCACUAAAUGUGUGCGUUCAGCAGCUGUUUCAGGAAAGGACAGUUUCAUUGUGAUUGCUUGUGAAAAACAUGAUGUUUUCCCCUCAGCCAUUGCAGUUGCUAGAGCAUACCCACUCUAUUCGAAAAAGACAAAUCUAUCAAAUAAAUUGCAAGCUGGAAGUACAAGUUCAGAGAAAUCACUGAUCACUGUGACAGUAGAGUACCUGUUAAUUGGCAAUACCAGCCCUCUGACUGAAGAUGAAUGCAUAAUGCUGGAGAGAGCUGCAGAAUCUGUACGAACUACCGCUCGUAUAGUCGAUACUCCAUGCAAUGAAAUGAACACUGACCAUUUCCUUGAGGAAAUCAGCAUAGUUGCUAAAGAAUUGGGGAUUGUGCCGUUCGUCAUUCGUGAUAAAGAACUUGAGAAUCAAGGAUUUGGUGGUAUUUAUGGAGUGGGAAAGGCUGCUUUGAAUCCACCAGCUCUUGCGGUUUUGAGUCAUCUACCUAAGGGGGCUACCAAAACCAUUGCGUGGGUGGGUAAAGGAAUAAUGUAUGAUACAGGUGGAUUGUCGAUCAAGGGCAAGACAGCUAUGCCAGGAAUGAAGCGCGACUGUGGAGGGGCGAGUGGGAUUUUAGGAGCUUUUCGUCUGGCUGUCCUGACCGGCUUUAAGGAAAAUUUGCAUGCCGUAUUUUGUUUGGCAGAAAAUUCUGUCGGCCCACUGUCAACUCGGCCGGAUGAUAUUCAUACAUUAUAUUCGGGUCGAACGGUCGAAAUCAACAACACGGAUGCAGAAGGCCGCCUGGUUUUGGCGGAUGGCGUGUUCUACGCCCAUAAAGACUUGAAAGCUGACAUUAUUCUAGAUAUGGCAACUCUAACUGGAGGCCAGAGUGUUGCAACAGGUAAGCAACACGCCGCUGUGCUUACCAACAACGAGCACUGGGAAAAUGCAAUGGUUAAUGCUGGACUGGUCUCUGGCGAUUUGACAUUUCCGAUUCCGUUCUGUCCAGAGUUUCACUUCUCUGAGUUCAACUCAGCUGUGGCUGACAUGAAAAAUUCUGUCGCUGAUCGCAGCAAUGCAUUGUCCUCAUGCGCGGGGCUAUUUAUCCUAGCACAUCUGGGAUUUGAUUAUCCUGGUGUCUGGAUGCAUGUCGAUAUGGCUGCUCCAGUUCAUUGUGGAGAAAGAGCAACCGGCUACGGUGUAGGCUUUUUGGUGUCCUUAUUUGGUAGAUAUAGCAACAGUGCUUUACUUCAGAGCAUUGGCCCGAUCAUUGAUGAGGAUAUAGCCGAAGAUGCGAGAGAAAAUGAAAAAAAGAAAAUGCGGCUGAAUUGAACUGUGGAUACUGUUCAAGAAUUGUAGGAUGUUGAAAAUGGGGGCUAGCCUUUAACAAUUUUUUUCAUUGCUAAUCUAGGCAAUUAAAUGAUUUUGAUGAAGUAGCCCAUAUAGGGGUAGCAAUGGUGUGAAGAGCGUUUGAUAAUUGGAUAUAAAAAAGAGUUAUUGGUAUACGCUGUAUCAAAUUAUUCUUCGUGAAACUUGAUUACAUCGUUGACUGAG